CGGGAUUCCAGUUCCCUGUACCCCGCGCUUGGUACCCCGCAUCAACAAACACACCAAACAAUGCCAUUUUCCCUUUCCCACACAUUCGUAAACAACUAAAAAACCCGGCAAAUGCAUGUGUACAGUUCUAAUUUAAUUUACAAUGUACAGUAGACAUUGCGCACACCAUGUAAUUUGUGUACAGUGAGUGUUUUUUGUUUCCUUUGUAUAUAAUUUGUGACCAAAGUGCCUGAUAGAUCAUGUCGCGAAGCGCACCCAAGCUGGGCAACCGGAGCUUCCGUGUUCCGGCCGGUCCACCACCGAAAGCGCGCCGGGGGUUGCAACCAUUGGAACACCAUAAUCCGAGUCCAGCGGCGAGCAACUUCCGGGCGCCGGUUGCGGUGAGGACGAGCAAGCGGAAAGACGAUGCCAGCAGCAGCAGUAGCGUCCAGCUGAUGGACAUGGACAACACGCUGUUCAAUGCCGUCGAUUUGGAUAGUAUCGAGCAGCAGAUUAAACCGCCGCCAGCUGCCAAAGAAGCACCCGGCUCACCGUCGCUCCUUGCGUCGCGCGUUACUCAGAGCCAAAUGAAGAAAGAACACGGCAAACGAUCACAUUCGUUUGGAGUGAUCGAGGAGAAACUGGUCGCCAGUACACCGAAGCGUCGAAAAUCGACGGCUGCCGGACGGCCCAUUCUCGUACUGCAGAUGAGCAUGGACGGGCCGGAUCAGGAGGAGGGCGAGCGGGAUGCAAACGGGUCCGCUGCCAGUCGGUCCCCGACGAAGGACAGUGGUUGCUCCGAGCGAAGAACCAACACCGGGUUCGAGGACGAUGAAGACGAGGACUAUCUGCUCGAUGUGGUGAUACCGUGCGGUCAGCAGGAAACGAGCACCGAUCACUUCAUCCGGGACAAGAUGCGACGGCUCAGUAACGUGCACACGGCCUCACAGGUAGCAUUGGGGCAAAUGCUGGAGGACGACGCAUUCGAGGUGUUUACAAACCAUGCCAUCUGUUCCCAGUACAUGCGGCUGGAUCAGUCCGUCGUGGACGAGGCCUCGGAAAAGAUCGAUCCAAUACUGGGUUCACAGAUCGGGCGGAAUGGUGUUGGUCGCCCAUCAUCACCGAACACACCAGCGCGGGACGUAACGGACAGCCAGCAGCACCGGUUGCAGGUGAGCGAAGUGCAGCGGAUUUUCGAAAACUGCGAACGAACGCUGCUCGAUCUGACGAACAUUGCCCCGGACGGAGGUGGCUCGCAGCCGCGGAUAUCGUCCAGCCUGGCAGCGAUUAACUGGGACGAGGAGAUCCACCACACGACCGCUCUUCUGCCGGUGGCGGUUGGAAUGGGACCACCGCCUGGCAACGGUGCGCCCCGGGUUUCCUCGCUCUUCCUGGAGAAGGGUCCAUUUUUUGGGUUACCAAACACCGUCCGACGCAUCUUGCGGGACUUUCGCGGGAUCGACGAUCUGUACGACUGGCAGCGCGAGUGUUUGGCGCUGCCCGCCAUACAGGAGCGGCGGAAUCUCAUCUACGCGCUGCCCACGAGCGGUGGAAAGACGCUGGUCGCCGAGAUACUGAUGCUGCGCGAGAUUAUCUGCCGGCUGCGUAAUGUUAUCUUCAUCGUGCCGUACGUCUCGCUGGCGCAGGAGAAAAUGAUCGCGCUCAGUCCGUUCGCGCUGGAGCUACAGUUCCUGCUGGAGGAGUACAGCGGGGGCAAGGGGCAGUGUCCACCGAGGAAGCGUCGCAAAAAGAACACCAUCUUUGUGUGCACGAUCGAGAAGGCGCUGCUGCUGCUGGACUCGCUGGUGGAGGUUGGGCGGGCGAACGAGAUCGGGCUGAUCGUGAUCGACGAGCUGCACAUGAUUGGGGAGCAGCGGCGCGGUGCCUGUCUCGAGAUGAUGAUCACCAAGGUGCAGGUGCUGCGGGCUGGCAUACAGAUCGUGGGCAUGAGCGCUACGAUCGGCAAUCUGACGGAGGUGGCCCGCUUCAUGCUGGCCGACGUGUACAGCCGCGAUUUUCGGCCCGUCGAGCUGAAAGAGUUCGUCAAGUGUGGGGACGAUCUGUACGCGGUGCGCAGCAAGGGGCAGGCCGAUGGUGGUUCGGCCGAGAACGUGUUCGGCGAGAAGCGUGCCCUCGAGUUCGCGGACUGCUCGGAGGAGUUGCGCCGACUCGAUACCGACCAUGUGGUGCGGCUGAUCCUGGAAGUGAUCCCGGAAAGCUCCUGUCUGGUGUUUUGUCCCACGAAAAGCAAGUGUGAAAGUUUGUGUGCGUUGCUGGCGAACCAUCUUCCGGCCCGGCUGGCGGAACAUCGGGCAGAGGAGAAGGAACAGAUCAUACGAUCGCUCAAGGAGGACGGUUCGAUCGCGCCGGUGCUGCCGCAAGCGUUCCGUGUCGGUGUCGCCUAUCAUCAUGCCGGCUUAACGCAGGACGAGCGGCGCACGAUCGAGGAUGCCUACCGUGCUGGAAUCCUGUCGCUGAUCGUUUGCACCUCUACACUGGCAGCGGGAGUUAAUCUGCCAGCGAAGCGAGUCAUCAUACGCUCCCCUUACAUAGGCAACAGCUUCCUGUCGCUCAGCCGCUACAAGCAGAUGGUGGGACGGGCGGGACGAGCCGGAUUCGGAGAAACCGGUGAGUCGAUCCUGAUCUGCGCCCAGCGCGACAUCCCGCAAGUGUGCGAGAUGCUGUGCGCUCCGAUGGACAUUGCCGAAUCUGCGCUGAUUGCGGACGAUCGGGCGUACUUUAAGUCGCUCAUACUGAGUGCCAUUGGGCUGGAUCUGUGUGAGAGUCGGGAUGCGUUGCAGGCGCUGGUGCGCUGCACUUUGCUGGCCCAGCAGGCCGAACGCCGUUCGAUCGAUCUGGCAGCAGUUACGGAUGAAACGAUCGUACAGCUGUACCAGGGCAACGCGAUCAAGGCGCGGCAUGAUAGCUGUUUGCGCAAUCCACCCAACAUGCUGGUGGAAAUUGGCACGGCCGUGGAGGAGGACAGAAGUCCGACCAAGACGGGAAGCAGCGCACCGUACGAUGGUGCUGCAGGGCCAACGUUCGUGCGGGUACACAAGGCGGCCGCCCAUCCGGGCAAGGUGAUCAAGACGAUCCAGCGAACAAGCCCGCUGGAGGUGAAUCGACUCGGCAAGGCGGCAAUAAGGGCGGGUUUCAAUAUGGAGAAAGCAGUACGGUUCUACGACGAGAUGAAGGUGCUCGGUGAACGGUUGUGUGUGUUGGACGAGUACGAUCUACUGCAUCUAAUACUGCUUGAGGACGGCCGAGAGGUGCAGCUGAAGCCGGAUGACUUUAUCGUGCUGGUUAAUCAGCUAACGAACGAGCAGCUGAAAAUAGCCGAACGGUACGGCAUCAACAAUGGGCUGAUUGCAAAGAUUCUCACGCGACGUGUCGCGUCCGGUGACAUGGUGUCGAAGAUGAUGCGCUUCGUUCGCGUGCUGAUCGUGCACGAGCUGUGGAAGCAAACGCCCCUUGCGGAAGUGGCCUCCAGGUACCACGUGAAUGCCGGAUCGCUGCAAACUCUCAUGACGAGUACGGCCGGCACAGCGUUCAGUUUGUUGCGCAUGUGUGAAGAGAUUCCGGAACUGUGGGCCUUCAAGCAUCUGCUGACGGGCAUGACGGAACGGUUGACGCACUACUGCAAGCUGGAAUUGCUUCCGCUGCUGACACUGCCCUCGGUGAAGUUGGGUCGCGCUAGACAACUGUUUCGAGCAGGAUACACCACACUGGCAUCGAUUGCGCGGGCCACAUCGAGGGAACUGGUGGAAACAAUCGAACAUCUCAACUAUCGCGCCGCCAGUCAGUUGAUACUCAGUGCCAAGGCCAAGUUGUUGGAGGAGGUGGAUGCACUCCGCGAACAGGCAGAGGAGUAUCUGUCGCAGCUGAACCGUUAAUACUUCCUUCCCCACAAUUUUCUACACUUUCUCUCAGAAAGACAGAGUACUGUUAGCUUGAACUGAAUGGAAUUUAGACAAUUGUACUUACUAGCAAUAGAGAAUUGUUGUUGAUGGGUUAGCCCAAGGCGCCAUUCAGCGAGAGAGGACUAACAAGCGCAUCGCGCGAUCAGCAAAACGUUUGUUUAUUGUUGUUCUGAACUGUUUGCUUAUUUUUGAUAGAACUAUUUCAUCCAGUGAACUCAGAAUGCUUUAUUGUAAAUAAUAAAAAAGGAGCAACACUCAUUGUUAGUUGCCUAA